AUGGCGUACGCAGGGAACCGUAGGUUCCCUAAUUCACAAUUGAACGCUGGUGCGCCGCCUUGGGGUGUGGACGUGGAACCAGAAGGCGAAGCUUCAGGAUCUCCAGGGCAGGCGCCAGCAGCGUCCGCACCUACUGCAAGUCUUCCUACUUCAAUAUAUCCUUUUGGCGAAGACGAUAAAGAUGCAGAUGAUUCAGAUGUCUCCAAUUACCGAAAAUACGACAACAGGAGAAUAACGAAUAGACAGACUUUCAAGUCAAAUCUUAGUACCUUGGUGGAGGAAUCCACACCGGAUGAUGGGCCUGCAGUGGCACCUUUGACCAAUAUAGCGGCACCAACGGCUGCAUUAACACCUAGAGCUACAUCUACAGCCCCGUCUGUGCCGCCAAUUCCUACAUCAGGGCCGUUUGCGCAAACUUCUAUAGGCCCUCCGGAAUCUAUUGGUACCAAUACAUAUAAUCACGGAGCAAAUCAAACAUAUGCCCAAACAAGCUGGCCUGGCCCAAUGGGAGGUUUAUCCUUUCAGGAUAACCCGCUAGGUUCUGGAAAUGCCAUGCCCAACUUCGAUCAGCAGGAACACGAUUCAAAUUCUCCUCAGCAAGUGCCUCCUACAGCCGCGCCGUGGCCGGGACUGCCUCCAGCGAAGGGCUCUUAUACGAGUAGUUAUUCAUCACCUUGGCCUAUUCAAGAUCCAAUAUUCUCGAGCCAGUCCUUCGGAAACAGCUACGGUUCUUCAGUCGGGAGCCAGAUGAAGGAGCAGUCACUGGACGGUGCUCCCCCGAAUGAUAUCUCUACUGAUCCCCCAGCGAUGGAUAGCCCGACUACAAACCCCCGCAUACACAACCAACGUCCUCUCGCUGGAGCAUUUUCCAACGAACAGCAUACAACCUGGGGUUCUGGAAGUCAACAGCGUCUCUUACCCCUUGCUAAAAACCAACAGGCAACAAACGAAUCAAUAUUGGGGGAGCUAAGGAUGAAUUACAUGUUAGAUCCUAUUUCUAUGAUUGACAAAGGGUUCCUUCCGACGCUCGAUGAAAAUAACUUUCCGGAAUGGGCCAUAAAUAUGGAACGCUAUUUGAAAGGGGAGGGACUGUGGCCAGAUUGGGAUAACGCUAAGAAAUACGAAGGGUGUCCUAACCCAGAACUUCACAUACGGGCUGGUGGAGGACGCUAUUCGUGCAAAAGACCCGAGUGUAUUCGACGGGAUAGAAUAGAUGCAGCAGGCCUUCUCGUUAUGGUCAUGAGCUGCAACAAAAACAACAGGUCUUUGAUCCUACGUCAGAAUGCUAUUGAGACAGCAUGGUUGUUUUUGGAGAGAGCACAUGUAUGUGGAAUUCGGGAAAUUAGCCCUGAUUUCAGGCUCCUCCACCCAAAGGCUGUAAUGACGAAUACUAAGGCUAUACCCGUAGAUGAUCACAAAAUAUCUGACUUUAUGAUGACAGCAUACAGACAAUGGAGCUUCUACCUAUGGCUGGUAGAAAACCACGGAACGAAAGCUGCGCUCCCUCAAGAAUUCGUAUCAGAGGACUGUUUUCUACAGACUGUUUUUCUUUGCUUUCCGGAUUACCCUCCGUACAAGCCGGUCAAAGAUCUCUGGUUAUCUAAGAUCCAACAAGGUGGUCAUGACUUUGUUAAUGCUUAUGGGUUUGCUCUUGCUCUGGAACGAAGUGAAAUGGAUUUUUUCCGCAAAUGUUUUGGGAUGAAGUGGCUGCCUGGACAAAGGUGA